UGCCAGUGAAAGCCUGGUGAUGCCUAAUCCCACUUUGCAGCCCCCUGCGGCGAGGUGAUGGAGGUAAGAGAGCCGUGGCGACUUAUAUAAAGCACAUUGUGCAUCACCACUCCCAAAGCUCAACAGGGCAGGCUGGAGGAGCUCCUUGGCUUGUGGACAAAAAGAAUGGCUGUAAAAACGCUGAGUCUGUGGCUUCUCCUGGCGUGGACGGUAGGCCUACUGUCGCUGGGCAGCUGUCAGCACUGGUCGUUCGGGCUGAGCCCAGGCGGGAAAAGGGAGUUGGAUGUGUCACCCGACAGGCUGGACAGCAUAUUUGAAGGUUUAGCACACAUGGCUGCGCCCUGCAGCGUCCCGGGCUGUGCAGAGGAGUCACCGUUUGCCAAAUUCCACAGACUGAAAGGACUUCUUGUGAGGGUACAUGAGAGGGAACACGGACACCAAGCGUUAAAACAAUGAUCUUUGCUGCAUUGAUAUGUUACAGCUGUAUUA